AUGGCUGAAAUCGUUGUUUCUGCCUUCUUCUCAGUGGUCUUUGAAAAGCUUGCAUCUGAAACCUUGAAGAAGAUCGCUCGCUCCAAGGGAGUUGAUUCUGAGCUCAAGAAAUUGAAGAGGUCAUUAGACCAGAUCCAAGAUCUGCUUAAUGAUGCUGCCCAAAAGGAAAUAGCUAACAAAGCUGUUAAAAGAUGGCUGAAUGGUCUCCAACAUCUGGCUUACGACAUAGACGAUCUACUUGAUGAUUUGUCAACAGAAGCUAUGCGUCGUGAGUUAACCGAGGAACCUGGAGCCACCACCAGCAUGGUAAGAAAGCUAAUCCCAGCUUGUUGCACAAAUUUCUCACUAAGUACUAGGAUGGGUAGCAAGUUAGAUGCUAUUACCACCAAGUUACAAGAACUGGUUGAGGAAAAAGAAAAUCUUGGUUUAAGUGUGAAAGAUGAAAGCCCAAAACAUAUGAAUAGAAGAUUAGAGACCUCUUUGGUAGAUGCAUCUAGAAUUAUUGGACGCGAAGGUGAAAAGGAUGCGUUGCUCCACAAGCUACUGGGGGAUGAAGCAUGUGAUAAAAACUUUAGCAUCGUGCCUAUAGUUGGUAUGGGUGGGGUGGGUAAGACCACUCUAGCUAGACUUUUGUACGACGAAAUGCAAGGGAAGGAUCACUUCGAACUCAAGGCAUGGGUUUGUGUUUCUGAUGAAUUUGAUAUCUUCAAUAUAAGCAAAGUUAUCUUUCAAUCGAUAGGCGGGGGAAACCAAGAAUUUAAGGACUUAAAUCUUCUCCAAGUAGCUUUAAAAGAGAAGAUCUCGAAGAAAAGAUUUCUUCUUGUUCUUGAUGAUGUGUGGAGUGAAAGCUAUGCCGAUUGGGAAAUUCUAGAACGCCCAUUUCUUGCGGGGGCACCUGGAAGUAAGAUUAUUAUCACCACCAGGAAGCUGUCGUUGCUAACCCAACUGGGUUACAGUCAACCUUACAGUCUGUCAGUUUUGUCACAUGAGAAUGCAGUAUCUUUAUUCUGUCAACAUGCAUUCGGUGAAAAUAACUUCGAUUCACAUCCAACACUUAAACCACAUGGUGAAGGUAUUGUCAAAAAAUGUGAUGGCUUGCCAUUGGCUUUGAUAGCGCUCGGGAGGUUAUUGAGGACAAAAGCUGACGAGGAAGAAUGGAAGGAGCUGCUUAAUAGUGAGAUAUGGAGCUUAGGGAAGAGAGAUGAGAUUACUCCAGCUCUUAGGCUCAGCUACCAUGAUCUUUCUGCCAAUUUGAAGCUGCUGUUUGCAUACUGUUCCUUGUUCCCUAAGGACUACAUGUUUGACAUGGAGGAGUUGAUUCUAUUAUGGAUGGCGGAAGGGUUUUUGCAUCAAUCAAGUACAGGGAAAUCAAUGGAACGUAUGGGUGUUGAAUGUUUUGAAGACUUGUUGUCAAGGUCAUUUUUCCAACAGGCGCCUAAUAAUAAAUCGUUAUUUAUGAUGCAUGACCUGAUGAAUGACUUAGCCAUGUCUGUUGCUGGAGAAUUUUUUUCAAGGUUAGACAUUGAGAAGAAGAAGGAAAUUGGGAAGGAUGAUCCGGGUAAGUAUCGCCAUAUGUCAUUUGUUUGUGAGAAGUAUAUGGUUUACACAAAGUUCGAGGCAUUCAAAGGAGCUAAUACUUUGAGAACAUUCUUAGCAUUAUCUUCUGAGCGAAACAGUUGGCAACAAUUCCACUUAUCGAAUAAAAUUCUGACAGACUUAGUUCGUGAUUUACCAUUAUUAAGGGUCUUAAGUUUCAGUGAACUUAGCAUAAGCGAGACAUUGAUUGUUUCUGGCUGUUAUAGUUUGAAAAAGUUGCCUGAGAGCUUCAUAAAGCUUAAGAAUUUGCGGCAUUUUGACAUGAGGGAUACUCCACUUUUGAAGAAGAUGCCAUUAGGGAUUGGUGAGUUGAAAAGCCUACGGACUCUCUCUAAGAUCGUUAUUGAAGGAGACAAUGGCUUUUCAAUAACCAAGGUUAAAGAUCUAAAGGAUCUCCGAGGUAAAAUUUCCUUUGAGGGGCUUGACAAAGUGCGAAACCCAAUGCACGCACAGGAAGUGAACUUAUCUCACAGGAAGCUAAGUGAGUUAGAGGUGGAAUGGAGUGGUGUAUUUGAUAAUUCUCGAGAGGAAACAGUUGAAAAGGAGGUCCUGAAUGUGAUGAAGCCUCAUAAUGAUAAUCUAAAACAUCUCAGCAUUGUGUCAUAUGGAGGUACAGAGUUUCCGAGUUGGGUUGGGGAUCCCUCAUUUCAUCGGUUGGCUAAAGUGACAUUAAAAGGUUGUAAAAAGUGUACAUCUCUACCGCCACUUGGCCAGCUACCUUCACUUACAGAGUUGGUUAUUGAAGGCAUGGAUGAGGUCAAAGUUGUGGGUUUGGAGUUUCUUGGGACUACCUGUCUUGCAUUCCCAUCACUUGAGAUUCUAUGUUUUGUAGAUAUGCAGGGGUGGAAGGUUUGGUCAACCAAUAAUGGUGGGGUUGUCGAUACAGCAUUUCCAUGCCUUCAAGAGCUUCAUAUUAAAGGUUGUCCUAAUUUGGUUAAAGUCUCAGUUGAAGCACUGCCUUCACUCAGGUCUCUAAUAAUAAGUGAGUGUGGCCAUGAAGUGUUAGGAAGUCUGGUUCGUGCAGCUUCAUCGAUCACCAAGUUGAGUAUAAUAUCUAUUUCAGGACUUAAUGAUCGGGUGUGGGGAGGUGUUAUAGAGCAUCUUGGGGCAGCUGAAGAAGUAAGAAUUGAAGAGUGUAAUGAAAUAAGAUACUUGUGGGAAUCAGAAGCAGAGGCAAGUGAGGUUCUUGUGAAUUUAAGGACGUUGUUUGUAAAUAAUUGUUCAAAUUUGGUGAGUUUAGGAGAGAAAGAGGAGGAUAAUUGUGGGAGCAACCUAACAUCUCUUACAAGCUUGGAACUAUAUUAUUGCAACAGCUUGGCGCAUUGCAGCUGUCCAAAUAGCCUUAAGUCACUUACCAUCGAGAAUUGUAAUAAAUUAUUGGAAAAGGAGUUGGUAGAAGGGCGAGAGAAGCCUCUGAUCAACUCAAACUUACUGAUGCUUGAAUAUGUAUCUAUAUUUAGUUGGCCAAAUUUGAAAUCAAUCACCGAAUUGAGUUCCUUCAAUCGCCUCAGGCAUCUCAUGAUAAUCAACUGUCCAAAUCUGGAGUUAUUUCCUGACCACAUGUUGCCGAAACUCAAUGUGUUAACACAUCUGACAAUAAUGCAUUGUCAAAGUGUUGAUGCUUCUUUUCCUUGUGGGCUUUGGCCUCCAAAAUUGUGUUUACUUUGUAUAGGGGGGCUGAAGAAGCCCAUGUCAAAGUGGGGUCCACAGACUUUUCCAACCUCACUUGUGGACCUAUAUUUAAGAGGUGGAGAGUCGGAAGAUUGGGACUCCAACACCUCACUUCCCAAAAAAGAUGAUACAAAAAAAAAAAAUGUCUGUCAAUUGGAUGAGAAACCAACUUUGACCCUUGUGAAGUUGUUGAUGGGACUGAUAACAUCUGGUGCUCCAAAGAUUUCACUGACAAGUGUGAGCAGAAACGGAUACAUUCCUGAUUUCUGCAUAUGAAACAUUAGAAACUCAUAUACAACUUUCAAGGGUAGUCCAAAUGUUUUGUUCACUGCCAGCAAGUUGUAUAUGAAAUAUUAGAAAUUCAUCUGAAUGUGUAAAUUAAGGGAAAAUAAGUAAAUAAAAGGGUUUUUAUUAUUUAUAUUUUAUUUAACAGAAUAGAAAGGAGAAACCAUUUUUAGUUAUUACCAUUCAUUUGCAAGAGUUUUUCAAAUAAACUGAGUGAGUUGUAUUUUCAAUUUAACAGGGAAGGCGGACGAGUUUUGAGAUGCUCUCUCUUUGCUUUUCUUUUAGUUUAGUUACAUCAUCGAGCUACCCUCAUUAUAUUUAUUUUAGUUACAACUUUUAGCUACUUGUUUUUUCACUUCACAAAUUAAUCUAAAGAGGGAACUAACCACGAAUAUACC